AUGUAUCUCCCUGAGUGAACCACUAGAGGUCGGUAUUUGUUAGUUGUUAAAGUUCAGUUACUCGUCAUUUAAUUUAGAACAAAUUAUUAUUUACAAUAACUGUCUACCCCGGCCAAACCCGGACGACGCUGGGCCAAUUGUGCGCCGCCCUAUGGGAAUCCGAUCACGGUCAGAUGUGAUACACCCUGGAUAUAAUCAAACCUAUGGCUAUUCUUCGUGAACAAGGGCACAAUCUGUGCCCAAUAUCGUCUGUGAAUCCGUUUUAGGUCUAUUAUUCAAAUAAUAAUCAAAACUAUCUACAUAUCUCAGCAAGAGGCUGUGACUGUGGAUAGUGACAUCACAGGGUACUUCCUCAUUCAAGCCCAAUGCAAAGUUCAACAGUGAUAUUGCAGUUAUAACAGCUGAGGUAUUCUGGAGUUGUCCUUCAUAUAUAUAUCUACAUAUAUAUAUAUAUAUUUGUUUUAUCUCAGUAAGGAAUCUGUUAAACUUAAGUGGUUUAUGUUUUUUGUAAAUGUUGAUAAAGAGGAUAUUAACAUUCAACUUUGAGGAAGUGCAUGUAUAACACAGAAUGACUCCCUUGCUGUAUAAAGAUGCCUUUUGGGGAGUUGAUUUCACUAAUCAUCAGGGCUAUGAGGUUCUGAUUCAGAGACUAUGUGAUGGCAGGCGGAUGUGCAAAGAUGUGGAGGAAGUGCUGAAGAUGAGGGCCAUGGCAGAAGAGAGGUAUGGGAAGGAUCUGGUGACAAUAGCACGUAAAGCUGGGGGGCAGACAGAGAUCAGCACUCUGAAAGCCUCCUUUGAUCAACUUAAAACACAAAUUGAAAACAUUGGGAAUCUGCAUAUCCAGCUAUCCGGAAUGUUACGGGAAGAGAUCAAGAAGAUGGAAACAUUCAGAGAGCGACAGAAAGAACAGAGGAGGAAGUUUGAGGGGAUUAUGGAGAAAGUUCAGAAGAUGAAGGUGUCCUUAUACAAGAAGACCAUGGAGUCUAAGAAGUCCUAUGAGCAGAAAUGUAAAGAAGCAGACGAGGCAGAGCAGCUUGCUGACAGGAGCACCACAGCCACAACAACAAAACAGUCUGAGAAGGUACAACACAAGGCCAAGCAAUGCAGACAAGCCGUCACUGAAGCAGAGAAACAAUACAUGUUGAAUGUAGAGCAGCUGGAGAGCGUUCGUCAGGACUGGGAGGGAACACACAAGGGCACGUGUGAGGUGUUUCAGCAGCAGGAGGUGGACCGCAUCACUAUCCUGAGGUGUGCCCUCUGGGACCACUGUAAUCACUUCUCUGUGCAAUGUGUCAAAGACGACGAGUUUUACGAGGAGGUGAGGAAUAUUCUGGAGACGUGUGACAUCACAGCAGAUAACAACUGUUUCAUAGAGAUGAAGACAACAGGUUCAAGCCCACCAGACCCUGUUGUGUUUGAGAACUACUAUGAGAGGGAGCCAACGGGUGACAACAACGGCAGCGCUCGCUUCGGUGGGGGAGGGGUCAGGAAAAGAUUCUCCAUGAGUAUCAGUGAGGGUUCAACUUCCGAGCCAGCGGCGCCACCUGUUGGUCAAACAGUGCCUGAGAGUUCAGAUGGAGUGUAUGCAUCCAUACCUGGCUUCCAGUCUGCAGCUGCAGCUGCCCUGCCUGCAGUGACAACUGAUGAGGAUGAUGAUGAUGAUACCUUCAUGGUGUUUUAUGACUACUCUGCACAGGUGAAACCUGCACACACAGUUACAGGUGUCAAGUUACAGGUGAAACCUGCACACACAGUUACAGGUGUCAAAUUACAGGUGAAACCUGCACACACAGUUACAGGUGUCAAGUUACAGGUGAAACCUGCACACACAGUUACAGGUGUCAAGUUACAGGUGAAACCUGCACACACAGUUACAGGUGUCAAAUUACAGGUGAAACCUGCACACACAGUUACAGGUGUCAAAUUACAGGUGAAACCUGCACACACAGUUACAGGUGUCAAGUUACAGGUGAAACCUGCACACACAGUUACAGGUGUCAAGUUACAGGUGAAACCUGUACACACAGUUACAGGUGUCAAGUUACAGGUGAAACCUGCACACACAGUUACAGGUGUCAAGUUACAGGUGAAACCUGCACACACAGUUACAGGUGUCAAAUUACAGGUGAAACCUGCACACACAGUUACAGGUGUCAAGUUACAGGUGAAACCUGCACACACAGUUACAAGUGUCAAGUUACAGGUGAAAACUGCACACACAGUUACAGGUGUCCAAGUUACAGAUGAAACCUGCACACACAGUUACAGGUGUCAAGUUACAGGUGAAACCUGCACACACAGUUACAGGUGUCAAGUUACAGGUGAAACCUGCACACACAGUUACAGGUGUCAAGUUACAGGUGAAACCUGCACACACAGUUACAGGUGUCAAAUUACAGGUGAAACCUGCACACACAGUUACAGGUGUCAAGUUACAGGUGAAACCUGCACACACAGUUACAGGUGUCAAGUUACAGGUGAAACCUGCACACGGUUACAGGUGUCCAAGUUACAGGUGAAACCUGCACACACAGUUACAGGUGUCAAGUUACAGGUGAAACCUGCACACAGUUACAGGUGUCAAGUUACAGGUGAAACCUGCACACACAGUUACAGGUGUCAAGUUACAGGUGAAACCUGCACACACAGUUACAGGUGUCAAGUUACAGGUGAAACCUGCACACAGUUACAGGUGUCAAGUUACAGGUGAAACCUGCACACGGUUACAGGUGUCAAGUUACAGGUGAAACCUGCACACGGUUACAGGUGUCAAGUUACAGGUGAAACCUGCACACACAGUUACGUGUCAUGUAACCGUGUAUGCUUGUAACUAGUUGAGAUAUUGAUGGAUCAUGUUUACAUAAACUAUUCCACUGAUCUGUAUUAUAUUGUAUGUAUGUACUGUAUAUGAACCAUACAGUAAUUCAAAGCCUCAUACUUCUAUUACUAACAAUGUGUUCCCUGUACUCCCAGGACCCAUAUGAGCUGUCAGUGUCUAAAGGGGAUGUGGUGUUGGUGAUAGAACAGAGUGAAGACGGCUGGUGGACAGUGGAGAGAAACGGACAGGUUGGGCUGGUACCUGGCUCCUACCUGGCCAAAGUCUAGACAUAGUCACACACACAUUCAUGCAUGGACACACACAUGCACGCGCACACACUCAUGCACACAGGUACACGGAUUCACACACACAUACUCAUGCACACUCACCCAUACAUACUGUAGUCUUCAAAACCUUACUAUGAGGACCCCUUUCUGCUUCUUACUCAGAUGUUCUGAUCCUUGGUUCAAGACUUCAGAGUAACAGAUUCUCCAGCAGUAGAGAUGACUCACUGAACUGACUUGGAACAUGAGUCAUGACAGUGUGUUCCCCAUUAACUAUGAGGCUAUGCUGCACCAGGGAUUGUCAAUCUUUUCACCCAACAGGCCUACUGCAUACAUAGUGAUGUGAAAAAGUAUUCGCCCCCUUUCAGAUUUUCUCUACUUUUGCACAUUUUUUAGACUGAAUUUUAUCAGAUCUUCAACCAAAACCAAAUAUUAGAUAAAGGGAACCUGAGUGAACAAAUAACACAACAAUUGUAUACUUAUUUCAUAAACAAAGUUAUGCAACACCCAAUCCCCAUGUGUAAAAAAGUAAUUGCCCCCUUACACUCAAUAACUAGUUGUGCCACAUUUAGCUGCAAUGACUCCAACCAAAAGCUUCCUGUCGUUGUUGAUCAGUCUCUCACGUUGCUGUGGGGGAAUUUUGUCCCACUCGUCCAUGUAGAACUGCUUUAACUCAGAGACUAGCAGGUUUUCAAGCAUGAACUUCUCGUUUCAAGACCUGCCACAACAUCUCAAUUGGGAUUAGGUCUGGACUUUGACUAGGUCAUUCCAAAACACAUGUUGCUUUUUAGCUCUUUUCAUGUCGACUUGUGUGUUUUGGAUCGUUGUCUUGCUGCAUAACCCAGAUGCAGCUCACAGACAGAUGGCCUGACAUUCUCCUGUAGAAUUCUGAUACAGACCAGAACUCAUGGUUCCUUCUAUUUAGUCAACUCAUCCAGGUCCUGAGGCAGCAAAGCAUCCCCAAACCAUCACACUACCACCAUACUUGACCGUGGGUAUAAGGUCCUUACUUUAGAAUGCAGUGUUUGGAUUUCGCUCGACAUAAUGGAACCCAUGUCAUCCAAAAAGUUAUACUUUUGACUCAUCUGUCCAUAGAACAUAAAAUCACAUUUUAUUUGUCACAUACACAUGGUUAGCAAUGUUAAUGCGAGUGUAGCGAAAUGGUUGUGCUUCUAGUUCCGACAAUGCAGUAAUAGUCUUGAAGAUCAUGCAUGUGCUUUUUUGCAAACUUGAAUCAACUUUUUGGAUGAUAUGGAUCCCAUUUCUUUUGUUUUGGAAUGGCCUAGUCAAAGUCCAGACCUAAUCCCAAUUUUGAUGUUGUGGCAGGACUUGAAACAAGCAGUUCAUGCUUGAAAACCCACAAAUGUCACUGAGUUAAAGCAGUACUGAAUGCAAGAGUGGGCCAACAUUCCUCCACAGUGAUGUGAGACUGAACAACUACAGAAAGCAUUUGGUUGCAGUCAUUGUAGCUACAGGUGGCACAAACGGUUAUUGAGUGUUGGGGGCAAUUACUUUUUCACACAGGGAAAUUGGGUGGUGUACAACUUUAUUAAUUAAACAAGUAAAAUAAAUAUUAAUUUGUUGUCAUUUGUAAUCUCCGGCCCUUUAAUUUAAAAUUAGGUUUUGGUUGAAGAUCUGAAAACUUUCAGUAUCAAAAACAUGAAAACGUAAAAAUCCGAAAGGGGGCAAAUACUUUUUCACUGCACUGUAGAGAAUCUCAGAUACCAUACAGAAAACUAAUCCAACUUUAAACUGUAGAGAAUCUCAGAUACCAUACAGAAAACUAAUCCAACUUUAAACUGUAAAGAAUCUCAGAUACCAUACAGAAAACUAAUCCAACUUUCAACUGUAGAGAAUCUCAGAUACCAUACAGAAAACUAAUCCAACUUUAAACUGUAGAGAAUCUCAGAUACCAUACAGAAAACUAAUCCAACUUUAAACUGUAGAGAAUCUCAGAUACCAUACAGAAAACUAAUCCAACUUUCAACUGUAUCAAUUGUAAAUAUGUGUGUCUACACCAACCUGAGAAGUGAGCUACAAGAGAAAGUAGAAGAGUAUCUGAAUCAAGACAGCUGUACUGUAUUGUAUAUAUUAUUUAGUAUUUGAUCAAAUAUGUAAUGUUUACUUUGAAGUUUCCUUAGUUUGAAUACAUUGAAAAGUGGUGCUUCAGUUCAUCAGUGAACAAUAAAACAUGUUUUAGUUUAAAUGUA